AUCCCCAAAAUAAGGAUUAUUUUAUUAGAAAAAAAAGUGAAAUAGAAUAAAGAAAAGGAGUUAAAUGUAGUUACUUUGUUUGGUUUGAUCAAAUCUGCUAUUAUUGGUGAUCAGAGCUGAUUUUGGCUAUUCCUUUCUCUGCAUACAAAAAGGAAAAUAAAACGGAGUGUGACUUAAUUUCCAAAAACAAAAUGUCCGAAGACUGAAGAUAAAAUAUAGAAAGCUUCUCUUUAUAUGUAGUUCUAAAAAGCAAGGUCGAAGAGGAAACCUUUCCUUUCUUGAGUCAGGUAACAGUCCCAAACCAAAGGGCUUUUGCCUUUCUUUUUUCUCUCUCUUUUAUGGUUUUUCAGUUUAAACCUCUGUAUUUGGGAGGCUUUUGAUUUCUGUCACCGGACCUAACUCCAGCUCCUGAACAAAUAUAUCUCAAUAAGGUAGAAAUGGCCAGGGAGAAGAUCAAGAUCAAGAAGAUCGACAACUUGACGGCUAGGCAAGUGACUUUCUCUAAAAGAAGGCGAGGGCUUUUCAAGAAAGCUGAAGAGCUUUCAGUUCUUUGUGACGCUGAGUUUGCUCUCAUUAUUUUCUCAGCUACUGGAAAGCUCUUUGAGUUUGCUACCUCCAGCAUGAAGGACAUACUGGGAAGGUAUAAUCUGCAUUCCAACAAAUUGGAUCAACCAACUCUUGAGCUUCGGCUGGAAAGCACUAAUGAAAUUAGUUUGAGCAAGGAAGUUGCUGACAAAACACAUCAAAUGAGGCAAAUGAGAGGAGAAGAUCUUCAAGGAUUGAACAUUGAUGAAUUGCAACAACUAGAGAAACUGCUGGAAUCAGGACUCACACGAGUUCUUAAGACCAAGGGUGAACGUAUUAUGAAUGAGAUCUCUUCACUUGAAAUCGAGGGAGCACAAUUGCAGGAAGAAAACAAGCUACUUAAAGAAAAAGGAUGUUUUCAGUUGGUGUCAUUGUGCAAGGGCAAGAGACUUGUCUUAGUAGAUUCAGAAGUUGCAACUCAAGAAGAAGGCAUGUCAUCACAAUCUGUCAAUGAUGUUUAUAGUUGUAGUAGUGGCCCUUCAUUGGAAGAUGAUAGCUCAGAUACUUCUCUUAAACUAGGGCUUCCCUUCUCUUAGCUAAUAUAGAUUAGCAGCGACGCAUCAAAUUCUAGCAAAGGAUAAAAGCUGAACUUUUGCGAGAAUACAUUUCUAUUAUCUUAUGUUUCAAGUUUAAAGCAAAUAUGAAACAUAUAAUAUGUAUGUUGUUUUGAAUUUGGAUAAUUUACCUUAAAUUACUUUAAACUUAUUCUAGUAUUCUAUGUACGUGGAUGUAUUUCUCUUAACAAAAGUCCAAAGGAGCUUAAUAAUGAUGAUAAUGGAUUUUAGAAGAA